CGGCCAUGAAGCGCGGCAAGCGUGGCAAGCGAGUGCCGCUGAGCCGUGAAGCUGCGCAAGCGUUUUGGGCCUGUGCUCUUCAUGAAUCCCAUGAGUCGGCCUUACUACCGGAACUGCCGGAACGCUUCGACUCCGCCGCGGCGUAUUACACGCGCUUGUCCAACCUGGUCCUGGCUGAGUCUAAAGCUGUCAUCGCCAACCGGCUCCGCCAGUGGCAGGGCCCGCAGGGCCCGCAGGCGGCGGAGGCGACGGUGACGCAGCUGAAGUCCAGCACAUGUAACAAGGUGGCGAAACAGCGGGGAGUGACCGGAAGGCUGUUGAGUCUCACGGUCAACGUUUCCCAGGCCAAACAGGACUGGCCCACCUUCCGCACGGCCUGGCUGGUGGAGCUCCACCCCACGAGUCGCGACGCGAGCGCCGCGCCGUUCUUCGUGGAGCGGGCCGCCACAGGGCGGCAGGAUUUUUCGGUGGACCUUUGCGGCUUUGCUCCCGCAGAUUGGGGAUGGACAGAUGAGCAUCAAAACGUGCUAGUUGAGGCUCCCAUCCGCAUCCGCCUGCGGCCACUGGAGGACAUGGUGCCCAUGCUGCGCAUGUGGACUGCCUGCUUCAUUGGACCACAGGUGCCGUUUUUGCAUCAGUUGAUUGGCGCCAAAUCGGCCACACAUCGCAUUUUUUCGGACUCCGAGGAGGAAGGAAUGGAGUCAGAGGUCCCGGAUGUCUUUGCGACGGAAAUGAAGGAACAGUUGGUGGAGAAGAGUGAUUCCAUGCAACACCUGAAUACCCUGCAGCAGGAAGCUAUUCGAAAGAUACUUAUGGACAGCGGUCCUCCCUCGCGGCGCUGUCACUUGUUGCAGGGCCCGCCGGGCACCGGAAAGACCCGCGCCGUGGUGGCGUUGCUGCAGCAAUUGUCCGCGCGCAAAAACCGGUCGGUUGUAGAACCACAGAGCCGAAUUCUCGUCAGUGCUCCCAGUAAUGGUGCCGUCCAAGUGGCGUUGGAGAGCUUUUUGAAGACACAGGAGGGCCAGCAGUCGUCCCUGUGCUUGGUGGGUGUGGAAGAUCGUGUGCCUCCCACGGGGCCCUUGCGUUCGGCCUUCAUUCAUACCAGACUGCAGUACACCUUGACGCUGCUGCAACAGUCCCAGAAGGACAGCUCCAUGUGGCCCAUGGCGAUCCAGGCCUCGAAAAAAGCGGUUGCGCAAUGCGUUGCACACUAUUUAUGUAGCUCUCUGAUGUGGUCAUGGUGGUCGUUGAUCCUGUGCAUGUGCGCCACUUGGUCCUCUGUCCGUGAUGGGACUGGUCUGGUGCGUACUGGCCUCUUGGAUGGAGCUCCUGAAGUGCUCACUCGGUUGGAUGUUGUCCUGGUGCAGCAAGUCUCUAUUCCGUUGCUGAAGGUGGAUGAUGGUGCUAAGGUGUUGGUUCACUCACUGCAUACCUGGGAGGACUUCCUCAAACUGGUCGAUGCUUGCUACGGGUUUGAUGGUCCUGCACAUGGGGCCCAUGCCGUUGGUGUGCAAACCAUGGUAGCUGUUGACUCUAGUGCCCGUAUGGUGACCUUACACAAGGCUCCUGGAGGAUGUGAGUAUGUGAUCGGUGAUGCUGGCUGUCCCCAGGUGAUCGCUGGAGUGUGGUCCACGUGUAAUCAUGCUGCGGUGAAGAGUGCGGGAUUUUCAUGUCAGCCGUUUUCCCAGUUGGGUGAUCGGAAAGGAGGGGCAGACCCUUGUGCUAUGUCCCUUCCUAACAACCUUAGAGCUGCACCGUCUCAGCGUGUUCAUGGUUUGGUGCUUUCAUGCGCUGUCCCUGCAUGCAGAGAUCCGUUCAUCUCGCAACACCUUGAUAGGUUUGUUGACUGGUCUGGAGUUGUGAAGGAGAACAUCAACCUUGAGCUCUCUGCUAUUGGUCCAGUGCAACCGUUGAUGCAGAACCAAACACAGAUUGACGGGCAGUUUCUGGAGUUCACCCACCGUCAGUCUCAACAAGUUUCGAAUCCACAGGCCCUGAUGCAGGACUUUGAGACGGAGCAGUUGCAUUCCUCCAGCUCGGUCUUUUGCACGUUAAGCUGCUCUGGCAGGCCCUCGCUGCAGACGCUCCGCGACACGGUCCACACGGUGCUGGUGGACGAGGCCGCGCAGGCCGUCGAGGCCGAGACGCUGAUCCCGUUGUGUUUGCGUCCAAAACAACUGGUUUUGGUGGGCGAUCCCAAUCAGCUCAGCGCCACGGUUUGUCACUCCGAGAGUGCGAAAUCUGCCAAGUUCUGUCGUUCCAUGAUGGAACGCCUCAUGGCCCUCGGUCAGGACUACAUCAUGCUGCAGGAACAGUAUCGGAUGCACCCCGAAAUCAGCCGCUUCCCUUCUCAACGCUUCUAUGGCGGUCGUUUGAUUGAUGUGACGACCAACACCUCGUCAGCAUCGUGCAGGUCGUCUCCUGGAGAUGCUGUGUCCCUGCCAGCCUAUGCCGUGGUCAACGUGGCUGGACGUGAAGAGGAGAAUCGUCGGCGCGGGCAGAUUCUGAAUCGGAGGGAAGCCGAAUCCUUGGUGUCCUUCGCCCGGAAGCUGGCACAAAAUGGCAUGGCGAAAGCGGCGAAAGGUGAAGAUGGCCGGCACCAGGGCCGUGCGCCAGAGGUGGUGGUCAUCACCUUCUACAGUGGGCAAGCCGCAUUGAUUCGACAACUCCUUGGAGAUGUGAAGGUGGCCGUGCAUACCGUGGACAGCUUUCAGGGCUCCGAGGCCGACGUGGUGCUUCUCUCCUUCGUCCGCGCCAACGCUCGGCGGCGCCUGGGCUUCCUGACGGAGUUCCAGCGCCUCAACGUGGCCUUGACGCGCGCCAAGCGCUCGCUGAUCGUCUUCGCCAAUACCGACUGCCUCCGGGCUGCCGCGGAUGCCGAUGACAUCAGCGCGUUGAUGGCGGAUGCCAAAGCUCGGGGACGAAUUUGGGAUGAGGACCAGGUGGAUCAUUUCUUUGCACCGAGGAAACGUCGAAAAAAAAUGGAGCUGGCUGACCCUAAACCCUGUGUGGAUCGACAGCCGCCCUCAGUGCCGGUGACUUCGCGAAAGAAGCGGCUCAAGAAGAAGCUGCCGCCUUUAGCCGCGCCGGCGUCGGUCAGACCGCCAAUGGCGGCCAAGAGUUUAGCGCAGGGCGCUCUCCAAGAGAGGCUCAAAAAGCGCAAGCGCAGCGCAGCCAGAAAAAAUGCUUUAGCCAACGCGGCGGAAGAAUUGGUCCCGGGAAACUAUGGGAAGCUGUUGCAAAGCCCCUGGUCACUGGUGGAGAGACGUGCCUUGGCAGGCGGCUUUGCGGCGAAACCAGAGCUCAAUCAGCGUCGCCUACCAAAAGGAGAGGUCCGUAGCGAGUUUGUGAUGAACCGCCCCGAAGCUCCGAUCCAGUUUUGGACGUUUCAUUGA